AUGAAUAAGUGUACUGUUGGCCAGAGCAUGUUUUUAGGGUGGUUUGAGGCAAACAAAAAAUUCCCUGCCGCUAAUUUGUUGACCUACAUUGAAAUGCCUACAAAGUUUGUAUGGAAAAAAGAUAGUCGAGAGUGGCAUCCAAGGAAAAAGGGGUUUUCAAUUGGCCGCAUUUUUUAUGUACCUCCUGGUACUGGUGAGUUAUAUUAUAUGAGAUGCCUACUUAAUAUAGUUUGUGGACCCAAAUGUUUUCAAGACCUUCGUACAUUCAAUGGAGUUGAGUAUGAAACAUUCAGAGAUGCAUGUUAUGCAAGGGGAUUACUAGAUGAUGAUAAAGAAUACAUUGAUGCAUUUGAGGAGGCAAGUCAUUGGUCUUCUGCUCAAUCAAUGAGAAAACUGUUUGUCACAUUAUUGACAACCAAUUCAAUGAAUAGGCCAGAAGUAGUGUGGGGUCUGGUAUGGCAACAUCUUGCUGAAGACGCAAACAUCAGCCAACGAAGAUUACUUCAAAAUAAUGAACUUAUCUUAAAUGAUGAUGAUAAGAAAAAUUUUGCGUUGAUUGAGAUUGAGCGAUUAUUACAAGUUCUAAAUAGGUCUUUGAAAGAAUUCCCACCAAUGCCUCUACCGAAUUUUGACUCAUCAAUCAACUCUGGAAAUAGACUGUUGUACGAGGAGUUGGAUUAUGAUCGCCACGCUUUAGCUGAAGAGAGUGUCCUUUUGGCAAGCAAACUUACUAACGAACAAAGGGUGGUUUAUGAUUCAGUUAUUGAAGAUGCUAUGACAAACAAGGGUGGUAUGUUUUUUGUAUAUGGGUAUGGUAGGACUGGGAAGACAUUUGUAUGGAAAGCUCUAUCUGCAACAUUGCGGUCGAAAGGUGAAAUCGCUUUGAAUGUUGCUUCUAGCGGUAUAGCUUCAUUAUUGUUGCCUGGCGGCAGGACUGCACACUCAAGGUUUGCAAUACCAAUUUCCAUAACAGAAGACUCAACAUGUAACAUAAGGCCUGGCACUGAUUUGGCAGAAGACUCAACAUGUAACAUAAGGCCUGGCACUGAUUUGGCAGAGUUGAUCAUUAGAGCUAGAUUAAUAAUUUGGGAUGAGGCACCGAUGAUGCACAAAUAUUGCUUUGAAGCGUUGGAUAGAACAAUGAGAGACUUAUUAAGGUUUGUUAAUCCAAGAAGUGCAUAUCAAACAUUUGGUGGUAAGACUGUUGUUUUAGGGGGAGAUUUUAGACAAAUAUUGCCCGUUGUUCCUAAAGGUACAAGACAAGACAUUGUGGCAUUGCCCGUUGUUCCUAAAGGUACAAGACAAGACAUUGUGGCGGCAACCAUUAAUUCUUCUUAUUUGUGGGACAAUUGCAAGGUUUUGAAGUUGACUAAGAACCUUCGUUUGAACACUAUUGGUGAUGCUGCUGAAUUUGAAAAACUUGACGUUUUUGCAAAAUGGAUUGCAUCAAUUGGAGAUGGUACAAUUGGCGAACAAGAAGAUGGUUUUCCUGAGAUUGAUAUCCCCUCGAACAUGUUAUUGUCCUCUAAGAAUGAUCCCAUUGCCACAAUUGUUCAAAGCACAUUUCCAAUGUUUUCAAAUGAAAUUGUUGAUCAUACUUUUUUUAGAAAGUCGUGCAAUUCUAGCACCAACCCUAGAUGUGAAUUCCUUAAUGGUAUAAGAGCUUCUGGCAUACCAAACCACUCAUUGACAUUGAAGGUGGGAUCUCCUAUUAUGUUACUAAGAAACAUAGAUCACUCUCUAGGACUAUGUAAUGGCACUAGGUUGAUAGUCACUCAGCUUUCAGAACAUGUAAUAGAAGCAAAGAUUUCCACCGGUGAUCACUCAGGUACUAGAGUAUUGGUUCCUCGAAUGACAAUGACUCCAUCAGAUCCCAAGUUGCCAUUCAAGUUUAAGAGAAGACAAUUUCCAGUGAUGCUGUCAUAUGCAAUGACGAUAAAUAAAAGCCAAGGACAAACCUUAUCACAUGUUGGACUCCUACUAAAAAAACCAGUGUUUGUACAUGGACAGUUAUAUGUUGCUGCAUCUAGAGUUAGUAAUCCUAAUGGUCUCAAAUUUCUGAUUUGUGAUGAGUUAGGUAGUACUACUAAGUCGACCACUAAUGUAGUUUACAAAGAGGUAUUUAAUAAUUUGUAAAUGAAAUCUUUUUACUCCUUUA